UCAGAGUCUCAUAGGCACGACGAAGUACCAUAAACAAGUUAAGAAUGUUUUCUAUGGAAUAUUUGUUAGAGUCGUAUUAUUAUUACUACUACAAAUUUUGUACGGUCUUAGUGUCAGCCUUGAUUAUUUUAAUACUUUGGCUAUCAACUAGAAAAAAGACUAAAAAUGUAUGCGUUGUCGUGCUUGGAGACGUUGGCAGAAGUCCUCGAAUGCAAAACCAUGCAUUGUCCUUUGCAAAGGAAGGUUACGAGGUCGACGUGGUAGGCUAUGCCGGUUCUGACCCGUUCACUGAACUUCAGGAACAUCCUAACGUCAAAAUAUGGUAUAUGAGGCCUGUUCCGAACCUACCAGAGGGUCUACCUCGUUUGUUAUCGUAUGGAAUAAAGGUGAUCUGGCAAUGCGUAACACUUCUGGCAACUUUUUUUUCUAAAAGACGUUCGAGUUAUUUGAUAUUGCAAAAUCCACCUGGCAUACCGACCAUUCCAAUAUGCUGGGCUUUCUGCACCUUGACCGGUGUUCAGUUCACUAUAGAUUGGCACAAUUAUGCUCAUACUAUACAAGCUCUGAAUUCGGGGUCCGAUGACAUAUUCGUUAAAGUAACAAGACGUGUUGAAUUCUCAUUUGGACGACAAGCAAAAAGUAAUCUCUGCGUCAGUGAAGCAAUGAGAGCGGAUCUUCAAAAUAGAUGGAACAUAAGAGCCAAAGUGUUGUAUGAUCGUCCGUCUGAUAAGUUUCAUACCAUUACUCUGGCUGAGAAACAUCUGUUUCUAUUGAAGUUGAGCAAAUUGUAUAAACAGCUGUGUGGCCAAGACCAAAAGUCAACAGCGUUUACAGAAACUUUGGAAAAUGGAGAGAUUGCCCUUAGGAAAGAGAGGCCUGCUUUGAUCGUCUCCAGCACUAGCUGGACACCGGACGAAGAUUUUGAAAUAUUGAUAUCUGCUCUGCAAGAAUAUGAAACCAACUGUUUGAACCAGGUUCAUGGUUUACCAGAUAUCAUCUGUUUUAUAACAGGGAAAGGACCUCUAAAAGAAUUCUAUAGGGCUAUCAUAGAUCGCAAGAAUUGGCUCCACGUUACGGUCAUCACACCCUGGCUGGAAAAUACAGACUACCCCAAUCUCUUAGCUAGUGCUGAUCUGGGGAUCUGCCUUCACAUUUCUUCCAGUGGAUUAGAUCUGCCAAUGAAAUUAGUUGACAUGUUUGGCAGUGGGCUUCCUGCAUUUGCAUAUAACUAUAAGGGUUUGAACGAGUUAUUGGUACACGAUCGCAAUGGCAUGGUUUUUUCUGAUAGCAACGAUCUGGCGCAGUUGUUGAUAAAAUGGUUUCAAAAUUUCCCUGACAAUGAAGAACAGCAGUACAAGGAUAAAAAAUUCCGUGAGCAAUUACAGAAUUAUCAAGAAGAACACUGGCAUAAUGUUGAACGGACAGAUUAUUUGAACGAUCGACCGAUCAUCGGGAUUUUGACGCAGGAAAUCAGUUACUCGCUUAACCUGAAGUAUCCGAACCAGUACGACAGUUAUAUUGCUGCAUCCUACGUGAAGUUUGUGGAAGGUGCCGGAGCUUUAGCCGUGCCAAUAUGGAUCGGGAAAGACGAGGCUUACUACGAAGACGUUCUCAGCAAAGUAAAUGGCGUUCUUUGGCCAGGUGGUAGCUCAUAUUUUAACGUGAGCGAUGGAUAUGCUGAAGCUGGAGAGAUUAUUUACAAUAUCGCUACAAAACUCAACAAUCAAGGCGACUAUUUUCCAAUUUGGGGUACGUGUUUGGGCUUUGAAUUGAUGACUUACGUAGCGGCUGGUGGUAUCGAGCACAGAUCCGAUUGUUCAAGUAACAAACAGGCCUUGCCUCUGGAGUUCAUAUCGGGUUACAAGUCGAGCCGGAUGUUCGAGAAUGCUUCGGAAAAAGUAAUUGAUAUUUUAUCAACUUACGCCGUAACUGCAAACUUCCACCAGUAUUGCGUCACUCAAGAUGACUUGAAGAAAGUCAAUCUUACUUCGGUGUUCAGGGUAAUGUCGGUUAAUCAUGAUUGGAACGGGCUUGAGUUCAUAUCCAGUAUUGAGCACGUCGAGCUGCCGUUUUACGGGAUACAAUUUCACCCUGAGAAAAAUUUGUACGAAUGGGUAGCCAACAAGAAUAUCACGCACAGUCCAGAGGCUUCACUGGCAAGUCAAUACUUUGCCAAUUUCUUUGUUAACGAGGCGAGAAAAAAUUCACACUCCUUUCCCAACGGCAGUGACUUGGACGCACUGAUAUACAACUAUCAGGUUACUUUUACAGGACGAAAGAAUUCCUCGUUUAUGCAGACUUACAUGUUCGCCAAUUCGACGACAACAGAUUAAAUUAUCAUCACUACCAUUAGUAUUAAUAUU